AGCAGACGUUGAAAACUAUCAAAUGUAGAGGUAGAAAGUGAGGUACUGUGUACGGCAUAUUGCUGAGUCGAUGCUCUAAACUUAUCUCGUGGUUCACGGCUGAAAUUGCGCCUCAAAUACAACUAUACUGGCAGCUGCUAUCAUGGAACAUCGUCAUCUGCGUUGUGUUCCUUGGCUCGCACUGGCAGUUGUUUCUUUGCCCGAAGUGUAUCAUCCUGGCUUAUCGCCGACCGCCGAGAGACCCUUAGCGCUCCCCAUUGGGACGGAUCUUCCCACGCAGAGAAACAUCGUUGUUGACCUAUAUCUCCUUUACUCAGAAGGCGAACUUCAAGUGUUGGCUUGCGUUUUACAUCUUUGUUCAAUAUGUCACGUGCAUGGCGGCUGGUGAGUGGUUGGUUUGGUGGCUGGCAUAUAACAAGCAAGUGAACCGGGCACGCAUCGAUCGAUGGCUGAAGCCCGAUUCGCAGGUUCAGAACAACGGAUUAAACGCAACCACAAAUGGACUACAAUUCCCGAGAGGGUGUGGUCCAACUUCACCUUACCAUCCUACAAGUCGAAAUGCGAGGACCUAACAUGAUCAACUGCCGAUAGCUCCAAACAAAACUAAGCCCGACUGCUUGCGGGUCAAGGAAAACAUGUCGACGACGAGCAUCUAAUGCAUCCUAUUGCGACAUUAGAGACGUCGAUGAAAUAACCCGGGUCCAUCGAUAAGCUCUGUUUCAUGGUACAGUCGCCUUUUAAGUAAGCAAAUAAGUCCUAGGAUGGCCUGUCGUAUGAUGGUGUGCGCGGAGCAGGGCGUGCUCCAUCUCAUCAAAACAAGCGAACCAUUUAGCGGACGUGGUGUGACGUAUGGACAAGAUCCUCGCUUGAAGGGCAAAUGACUGAGUGCAACCUGUUCCGUUUUUUUGGUUACUGCGAGUGACCAGCAGAAUGCACAUGGUAU